CGUCGCCAUCGGAGCGACGGACCAACUGAAAACGAUCGUUUCUUUGAAAACAACAUUGUCAUCUUUCUACCGAUCCAUCAUGACAUCGGAUAAACGAAACAGCCAUUCGAAUAUUUACUGUCGAAUUUGUCACGAAGAUGACAGUAUUGAAGAAUUAAUAGAUCCUUGCGAUUGUACCGGUAGUUUAGGUUUGAUACAUGCUAGUUGUUUGGAAAAAUGGUUGUCUGCAUCGAACACAGAUCAUUGCGAAAUUUGCAAGUAUACUUUCAUUCUUGAGAAAAAGGAAAAACCAUUGUGUCAAUCUUGUUUCCAAUGGUGGAGAAGUACAUCCACUUAUGGACCACAAGGAAUCACCGGAGAUAUGAUUUGUUUAGUAGUACUCAUGCCAUUAUGUGUAGUUGCCACUUAUUUGUGUGGAAUUGGUGCUAAUGCAUAUGCACGAUUAGGUUUUUGGGAAGGUAUUGGCUUAGCUGUACUUUGUUGUAUGCUGGUAAUCACAUUUUGUUUAUGGUUGAUCAUUACAAUAAGGUUUCAUUAUAUAUCAUUAAUACAAUGGCGUAAACAAAAUCUUGAUAUAAAGUUACUCGUCAAACACAAAUCCGGAACUGCUCAUAUAAAAGCUUAUUGGAUAACUAAUGAUAAUAGAAACGAUGAUACAAUUCGUAAUAAUAAUCGUUUCACUUGUUUUAUUCCUAUUUUUAGAAACAACGUUGAUCCACUUUACAACAUACAACAACAGAUGACAUUCGUUUGAGUAAUUUAUUUUUAUUAUUUAAGUUCAAUUUUUUUUAUCAUCUGUG